CUGUGUCAAUCUGCUUUUUGAUCGAGGCCGAGGGUCGUCAGGUGAAUCGCUUCGCGAGCUGUCACAUGAUUGGAACUGUAACAUUGCAAAAACUUGUUUUCAGUGACUUGCAAGAUUUUCAUCCUUGGUUGAGCUGAGCGGGGUCAUUAGCCAUGGAAAACUGUGUCCUGGCAGGGAAGAACAGCUCUGCAAUAGCAUUCCUGGAAUAUGGAGGGAUACCCUCCAAUAUCGGCUAUAAUAUCCUCUUCUUUGUGAUAAUAGUGCUGCUCUUUUCAGUGUUCCGAAAGAUUGCUGGAGACUAUGGUCGUAUUGCACUCAUGCAGCAUGGAGAAGAGAGAUUUCUGCGUGGAGAUCCAAGGAGACCACUGAGCAAUGGCGAACCGAAAUCCACCAAUGGAUACAAUGUAUGGACCAGCAUGUUUUACGGCGACCACAGUAAACCGAAAAACAGCAAGCCGUCCAUUAAUGCAGACGGAGAGACGACAGUUGGACAGCCAGAAGAACCACACAGCAAGGCACCGGGAUUUAUUGAUUGGCUUCCAGCAAUGUUCAAAAUCAAGGAUGAGGAUAUCAGGCUGAAGUCUGGUGUGGAUGCAGUGCAGUACCUGCAGUUCCAGCGUUACCUGAUCCUACUGGUCAUCAUUGUAUGCGUCCUGUCUAUUGGGGUCAUCUUACCCGUUAACUUCAGUGGAAGUCAGGAACUCGGACCAGAGAACUUUGGCCGGACAACCAUUAGCAAUAUACCCACAAAUUCGGAUAAGUUGUGGGUCCACACCAUCUUCUGUAUGCUGUUCUUCCUAUUGACUGUUGGUGCAAUGAGGCAUUUUUCCACUCAUGUACCAUAUCGAGAGGAGAACGAUAAUGUAUCGCAGACACUGUUUGUCAGUGGUAUACCACUUGAGAGAACGGAUGCUGCACUUAUCAAACAGCAUUUCCAAGAAGCUUAUCCAGAGGUGACUGUCAUUGAUGUCCAGUUUGCCUAUGACAUUGCCAAGCUCAAGAAGUUGGACUUACAGAGGCGUGAUGCUAGACUGAAUCGACUGCACUGUGAGGGGAUUUACUCCAAAACUGGCCAACGACCCCAACUGAGACAGGGAACCUGUGGACAAGUUGGCUGCUGUGAUUUUUGCGGAGGUCCCAAGGUGGAUGCUAUUGAUUACUAUGGCAACCGGGAGGAUGACUUAACGAGACAGGUCAUGGAAGAGAAGGGUCACGCUCUUAAGAGCAACCUGGGCAUGGCGUUUGUGACUGUACAGAAUGAGAUCAUGGCUGGCAGGAUUGUGAAUGACUACGCGACCCUGAAGACCGGUCCUCCCACGGUGUCUAGUGUCAGUAAACAGCUUCACUCCACCGUGUGGAAUGUCCACUUUGCCCCCAAGCCUGAUGACAUUGUCUGGGAGAAUUUGUCUGUUGGACCACUGCUGUGGUGGGGAAGCGUCAUCUUUAUCAACCUUGCCUUAUUUAUUCUACUGUUCUUCCUGACGACACCCUCUGUCAUCAUGACCAGCCCUGUCGGAAGCAAAAACAUUGAGGACGCAGUCAAAGAUGUUAAGUCUCCUUUCAUCUCUCAAUUCCUGCCCACCAUUCUUCUCUGGACCUUUGCGGCCAUGCUGCCCAUCUUAGUCAUCUACUCCAGCUACUACUGUGAGUUCCACUGGACCCGCACCAAGCUGAACCACACCAUCAUGCGCAAGACAUUCCUGUUCCUGAUACUGAUGGUGCUUGUGCUGCCCUCGCUUGGCCUGGCUAGUGCGCAAGCAUUGUUCGAGUAUUGGAUCCGUGCAAGCACCAAGGAUGUGUCCAUUCGCUGGGGUUGCAUCUUCCUGCCGGAGAACGGAGCCUUCUUUGUCAACUACGUCAUCACCUCGGCGUUCAUCGGUACAGCAUUGGAGCUGAUACGAUUCCCGGAGCUCUUCCUGUACGGGAUCACCAUGCUGUGGACCAGGUCGAAGGCCGAGAAGAUCACCAAGAGAAGUAGGCUAGCAUAUGAGUUUCAGUAUGGUGUGCAGUAUGCUUGGGUCUUGACUACAUUCUCCAUUAUUCUGGUGUACAGUAUCACCUGUCCUCUAGUUACACCUGUGGGUCUCUUGUACCUCCUGUUCAAGCACAUGGUGGAUCGUUACAACAUCUACUUUGCCUACUCCCCGUCUCGCAUCGAUAAGGACAUCCACGACACUGCCAUCAACUUUGUGGUGAUUGCUGGCAUGCUGCUGCAGCUGUCCGUCCUGUUCUUCUCUGUGCUCAGGCUGGGUUCGGUGGACCCUCGCUCCAUACUACUCUCAGUGUUCCUAGUGCUGUGCAUUGGCCUGUACAUUGCCAAGGUCUGUUUCAAUAUCUGGAUGGGUUACAUCCCGCCGGCGUACGAUGAGUUUACUAAUGUGGAGGACCAAGCUCCUUCCACUGAAGAUGAGGUCAAGCACUUUAUUCCUGAUGUUCUACAAGAAAGCGGAGAUGAUAAGGACGAGGAACAAGGGGGCGCGACAGCCCUGGGCGGCACCGCCCCCAAGCACGCUUACGGUACCAUGGAUGGACAGGUUGGGGAGCGCAUACACUACGGCCACAGGGACACGCCCGAUACCUCCGAUGGGGAAUGAGCCACUAUAGUCCAGCCAGUCAUAACAAUGGGAGGUCACACAUCGAAGCCUGGUUGGGUCGACAGCCUAGACAAAUCUGAUGAAUCAACUUGGAUAUGUGUUGGGGUUGAGCUUAUUGUGAGGUAGUUUUUGACGUGGUUUUUAUGCUGGAAUAAUUUGUAUGAAUUGUGUAUUUGAGAUGGAAUAACUGCCGAUCUUGAGUUGUACUUAGGACAUAGUACUUGAACAGAAUACUUAUUAUCAGAAAUCAGUGACACAGGGAUAUAUUGUGCAGUUUGGUCAUUGAUAGCUCUCAAAGAUAUAUCAAUAUAUCUUGUUGGAAAAUCAGAGCAUAAUCAUUAUAGGCGGCAACAAAUUGAAAAUUGAGGAGUUGUGAUUUAGUAGCUUGUGAAAGUCUUUUCUUAUUGGCUUUAAUGUGUGGGAGGUUUGUUGUUUCUCUGAAGGAGGUGGAAAACUGAUUGCAAGUUUCAUAUGAAAGGUCACAUGAAAAGUUAUUAGAAAAGUUUAAAAUUGCAAUAUGUGAACAGACUUACAUGUAUAGUAGUGAUGAAGUUAGGGUAUAAUAGACUCAUCAGUCGAGGUGAAAAAAUACAGAACCUGGUUGAAACUGAAAUCCCAAGUUAAAAAGUUGACCCAAGUGAGAAUUAGACCUGGGUCAUUGAGGUCAAAGACAAGAGAAGUGCCCAUGCACCCAUACACAUGUCGACUUCAAGAAAUGGAAAAAAGAAAAGAAGGUUCAUUGAUCAGCUUGUUGCCCUUUUUUCAUCCCAGUUUAAUGAAAUAUAUAUUUGCAAAUCUAAUGCCAUGAGCUUAAGUUGAUUACUCAACUUUGAGAGAAAAAGGUCAUAGCACCCCUAUAUCGUAAUUGUUGGCAAGGCUUACAUGCAAAUCCUGGGCCCAAUAUUGUUGAUAGCAUUGAGGUUCCAUUGGCCAUGAACGCAGAGUGAUCAUAGUAAAAUGGAUUAUAUAUACAGCAGUGGUCAAACUGAGAGCUUUAAAAUUAAACUAAGGACCAAAUCGGUCAGUUGCAUAAUCAGAUGAGAAUUACAGGAAGUAGGGUACAGUAAAGCCAGACUUGGGCGCCGGCGUGUAAUCCGACUAGGCUUAAUUGGCCACACGAUUGUAGGGAAGGCAGGAGAGUUAGUUCUGUUUGUUGUACAGAAAUGAAAGAUUUACUUAAGCCCCAAAUGCAGCUACUGUUAACUCCUUUGAAUAAAUUUAGCAUAUUGCAGUGUUUGAAUGUGGAUCAUCUCUUCGUGAAACGUAAACAAUAUCUGUAUGAAACAAGAAUAUUUCCCAUUUCACUUUCUUUCCAA